AUGGCUCGAUUGCCAUUUCUUCUCUUCUUCGGAUUUAUAUUUCAGGCUGCCAAUGCUGAAAUUCCAGGCGCAACUUCUGCGCCUGAUCCAGUGAACGAUAUGUUAGCAAUGAAACUUGCCACGAGGCUUCUGAAUGCGUUUGAUCAAAGAAACUAUACCGAAUUCAAUGAUUUCGAUGUCCGAUUCACCUUUGAUGAUUGUCGUCAUGAUUACGAAGCUGCCGAAUUUCUGGCAAAAUACGCCUUCUUGGAUGCUAUGCGCAUCGUUCGUCAAUACGACGGGAUUCAAUUCACUAUCCAUGUGGAAUACCUUGGUCAGCAUCACGACGUUCUGGCGAACUUCCAAAGAAUCAGACUGACAACUGGAUCGAGAUGGAGAUGGGUUCAUGCGUGGAAGAGCAACUGCGUUCAGGAUCAUACCAAUGUUAUUCCGGAAAGUUCGAUGAGACAAAAGAUUCUGUCGUGA